AUGGAGGAGGGAAUCGGUGCUGCGGUCAUCGGGUACGAGGAGCUUCGCCACGGAGGCUUUCUGAACAAAGGACUCAAGGUCACACACUUUUCCGAGCGUAAAUGCUACGAGACGUACUUACGGGAGGAGGAGUUGAAGAGAAUGGCACGAGGAGAGGGUUCUUCGAAGCAAGCCACGGGGGGUCCUUCUCAACCGCGCAACUGGAGCAUCGUUGGGCCAUCGGUUCGCAACAUGGUCCGUGAAGUCAUGCAUGGAAAUGACAUGCCUAGACAACUGAACAAAACACUAAUCGUGCUAAUUCCUAAGGUAGAUUGCCCGAGCUCGAUAAAGGAGUUUCGCCCGAUAAGCCUGUUGAAUGUGGUAUACAAGUUAGUUACCAAAGUUCUUACCACCAAGAUGAAGCGCUUAAUGCCCCUUUUAAUAGGCCCGACACAAGUCAGUUUCAUUCCGGGUCGUCACAUUACAGACAACAUAGUAAUUGCUCAGGAGCUGAUCCACACCAUGCGAACUGUGAAAGGCAAGCGAGGCUACAUGGUAAUAAAAGUGGACCUUGAAAAGGCCUACGAUUACGUGAGGUGGGACUAUUUCGAGGAAACUCUUGUCAUAGCCGGCUUCCCUCGACUAUUUGUGAAGAGCAUAAUGACUUGUGUGACUUCGGCCACCAUGCAGUUAUCUUGGAAUGGGGUCCUUAGCGCAGAAUUCGUCCCUUCUCGUGGAGUUCGACAGGGAGACCCGAUCUCCCCUUAUCUUUUUGUGUUAUGUAUGGAAAGGCUGGCUCUAGCGAUUAGUUGCUACGUCAACAGUGGGCAGUGGAGGCCGAUUUCACUAGGUCGUGGUAAAGUGAAGAUCCCGUACUUAAUGUUUGCCGACGAUCUGCUAUUAUUUGAUGAGGCUUCACACGAACAGGUGGGGUGCGUGAAAGAAGUUCUACGCGAAUUUGUAAUGCGUCUGGCCUAA